AUGCUAAGAACAAGAACCGCAAAGACCCUUGGCACAGUGGCAAGAACCACGAGAGCCAUCCAGUAUUACCGCUCUAUUGCUAAGACCGCUGCACUCCCUCAAAAAAGGUUGGCAUCGACCUUGAACGUGCAUGACGUAGAGAAUAUCAAACCUAAUUACAUUACUAAGACCCCAACAUGGCAAGAGUUCCAACAUCAAUUGAAAAAUCCAAGAUACAUGGAACAACUUACACAACUUGAUGAACAGUUUGCUUGGCAUUUCCAGGCUACGAAUCAUAACAAAAGCAUUCUGGCAAAGGAUGACAGUACGUCUCAGAAAAAGGACGAAGAUGUCAAGAUAGUACCAGAAGAGAAAGAUAACGAUAAGGAUAUUGAGCCCACGCGUGAUGAUGAAACGAUCAAUAAGAAUCAGGAAAGUGAAGUUUCUAAAAACUCCAAAAGCUCCGCUUCUGGAGGUGGACAGUCAUCAUCCAGUCGAUCGGAUUCUGGAGAUGGAAGUUCGAAACAGAAACCACCAAAGGAUGUACCAGAAGUAUACCCGCAGAUGCUAGCAUUGCCAAUAGCCAGACGGCCCUUAUUUCCAGGAUUCUACAAGGCGGUUGUGAUAUCGGACGAGAGAGUUAUGAAGGCAAUCAAGGAAAUGUUAGACCGUCAGCAACCCUACAUUGGUGCCUUCAUGUUGAAGAACUCAGAAGAAGAUACUGACGUGAUCACAGAUAAAAAUGAUGUGUACGAUGUUGGUGUUUUAGCUCAAAUAACUAGCGCUUUUCCGAGCAAAGACGAAAAGACAGGCACUGAAACAAUGACUGCUCUUUUAUAUCCUCACAGAAGGAUAAAAAUUGAUGAAUUAUUUCCACCAAACGAGGAAAAGGAAAAGUCGAAAGAUCAAGUAAAGGAAACGGAUAUUGAAACAACCGUCGUUGAAAACGCUGAGAUCACAGAGGAUCAGGAAAGCGCUAGCUCUACCACACCCAAGUUGGAAGAUAUUGUGGUGGAGAGGAUACCAAAUUCCGAAUUGCAACAACAUAAGAGAGUAGAACCCACUGAAGAAGAGCCUGACGAAUUAGAUGACGUUCAAGAAGGUGAAGAUGUUAACCCCACAGAAUUUUUAAAAAAUUACAAUGUUUCUCUUGUCAAUGUAUUGAAUUUGGAAGAUGAACCGUUCGAUAGAAAGUCACCCGUCAUUAAUGCGCUAACAUCUGAAAUCCUGAAGGUAUUCAAAGAAAUUUCUCAAUUGAACACCAUGUUCAGAGAACAAAUUGCGACUUUUUCAGCUUCGAUUCAAUCAGCCACCACGAACAUUUUCGAGGAACCAGCUAGAUUGGCAGAUUUUGCUGCCGCUGUUUCUGCCGGCGAAGAAGACGAAUUACAAGAUAUAUUGUCGUCCUUAAACAUUGAACACAGGUUGGAAAAAUCGCUACUGGUCCUUAAGAAAGAACUGAUGAAUGCAGAAUUACAGAAUAAAAUCUCCAAAGAUGUAGAGACAAAGAUUCAAAAGAGACAAAGAGAAUACUAUUUGAUGGAGCAGUUAAAGGGUAUCAAAAGAGAAUUAGGUAUUGACGAUGGCCGUGACAAAUUAAUCGAUACUUAUAAAGAAAGAGUGAAGUUAUUAAAAUUACCUGACAGCGUUCAGAAAAUCUUCGAUGAUGAAAUAACUAAACUAAGUACUUUGGAGACUUCUAUGUCUGAGUUUGGUGUCAUCAGAAACUAUUUGGAUUGGUUAACAUCGAUCCCAUGGGGGAAACAUUCCAAAGAACAGUAUUCUAUCCCGAGAGCAAAAAAAAUUUUAGAUGAGGACCAUUAUGGUAUGGUAGAUGUUAAAGAUCGUAUUUUGGAGUUUAUUGCCGUCGGAAAACUAUUAGGUAAAGUCGAUGGUAAAAUUAUAUGUUUCGUGGGACCACCAGGUGUUGGUAAAACUUCCAUAGGUAAGUCGAUCGCCAGAGCCCUUAAUAGGAAAUUCUUCCGGUUUUCUGUAGGUGGUAUGACGGAUGUGGCUGAAAUCAAAGGCCAUAGGAGAACAUAUAUUGGUGCCUUACCUGGUAGAGUAGUUCAAGCAUUAAAGAAGUGUCAAACCCAAAAUCCUCUGAUUUUGAUAGAUGAAAUCGAUAAGAUUGGGCACGGCGGUAUUCAUGGUGAUCCAUCCGCAGCAUUAUUAGAAGUACUGGACCCUGAACAAAACAACAGCUUCUUGGAUAACUACUUGGAUAUUCCAAUAGAUUUAUCGAAAGUGCUCUUUGUCUGCACCGCCAACUCCUUAGAAACUAUUCCAAGACCUUUGCUGGAUCGUAUGGAAGUUAUUGAGUUGACAGGGUAUGUUGCUGAAGAUAAGGUUAAGAUUGCCGAGCAGUAUUUGGUCCCGAGUGCUAAGAAAAGUGCUGGUUUAGAGAACUCUCAUGUCGAUAUGACAGAAGAUGCAAUUACAGCGUUAAUGAAGUACUACUGUAGAGAAAGUGGUGUAAGAAAUCUGAAAAAACACAUAGAAAAAAUUUACCGUAAAGCUGCCCUGAAAGUGGUAAAAGAAUUGAGUAUUGAAGAUUCCCCAACGUCAUCAGCCGAUAGCAAGUCUAAGGAAAGUGUCUCUUCCGAAGAAAAGGUAGACAGCAACGCCAAAAGCUCAUCAGAGAAGAGUAAGAACAAUGAUUUGGAAAAGACAAGUGAUGACAUUGAAGCUUUGAAGACUUCUGAAAAGAUCAAUGUUUCCAUAUCCCAGAAAAAUUUAAAGGAUUACGUUGGGCCUCCAGUCUACACCACAGAUCGGUUAUAUGAAACAACUCCACCGGGGGUAGUUAUGGGGUUGGCAUGGACUAAUAUGGGAGGCUGCUCACUUUAUGUCGAAUCCGUCCUUGAACAGCCUUUGCACAACUGUAAGCACCCAACGUUUGAAAGGACCGGGCAACUGGGAGAUGUUAUGAAGGAAUCAUCAAGACUUGCUUAUUCAUUUGCUAAGAUGUAUCUAGCACAAAAAUUCCCUGAAAACAGAUUUUUUGAAAAAGCGUCUAUCCACCUGCAUUGUCCUGAAGGUGCCACCCCUAAAGAUGGUCCAUCUGCAGGUGUCACUAUGGCCACCUCCUUCCUAUCCCUAGCAUUGAAUAAGUCGAUUGAUCCUACGGUUGCGAUGACCGGUGAAUUGACACUUACCGGUAAAGUUCUACGUAUUGGUGGUUUGAGAGAAAAAGCUGUGGCCGCUAAAAGAUCUGGUGCCAAAACUAUCAUUUUCCCUAAGGAUAAUUUAAAUGAUUGGGAGGAACUUCCAGACAACGUAAAGGAAGGGUUGGAGCCUUUGGCUGCUGAUUGGUAUAAUGACAUAUUCCAAAAAUUAUUCAAGGAUGUGAAUACGAAACAAGGUAAUUCAGUAUGGAAGGCUGAGUUUGAAAUCUUGGAUGCUAAAAAGGAAAAAGACUAA